AUGAGAAGACCAUAAAGUGCAUAAGUUACCAAAAUCUUCAUCAAUCGACCCAAAGAUGAAAUUAUAGAAACCAGACAGCAACUUAAUUAAUUAACUGAUGAGCACAGGAAAAUUAAGACUCAAAACAUGCAACUCAAAGUAUUAACUCAAUAAAUCUUCUUAGAGAUAACUUAUGAGAUAUGAGCAUAUCGAUGAGAACCUAAUUAAUUCCUAACAAUUAUUAGGACGUGCUUCCGAACAGCCUAGCAUCAUCCCCACUCUAAAAUAUAAAAUAAGAGUCUAAUAAAAUGAAAUUGAUGUUUUAAGAUAACAAUUAUAGGCACAAUAAAAACAAAUGAGAGUCACUUCAAUCUAAGAAUUACAAUAUCAAAUCCAGCAAUAUCAAGAGGAAACUGUUAAUCUUAAAUAAAUGCUCGAUGAAGCAAUGAACAUUAAAAAUGAAACCUAAAAGUCUCAAUAUAUUGGCUAUUUGUCUAAAAUCCAAGAAUUGAAAUUGGAAAUCAAAUAAUAUAAUUAACUCUGCGAAAACCAACAAAGAGAUAUUAAACAAUUGCAAUCUUAAAUCAAAUUGUAAUCAGAUCAAUUAUAAUAAUUGAAUGCUGAAAAAAAAAAAUAUGAAAAUCAAUACAAAGAACCCUAAAUACAAAAACCACAGCAAAUGGAAAACUCCAACAUUUUCUCUAAAUCAGUUGUAAUCAAAGACCCAAAAAAAAGAGAUGAAACUCCUGAAUACUCUGCAAAUGAAAAUACUCUAUUAUCCUAAUUACAAGAAAAAGAGAGAAAAAUUCGAGAUCUUGAAGAGAAUCUGACUAGUCUCAAUAAAACUCAUAAUGCAAAAAUUAAUCAAUAAUUACAAUAUAUUGAGUAAUAGAAUGCUCAAUUAGGAAUGAAAUAGAAUAUCAUCUAAAAUUUAGAAUAAGAAAUCAACAAAUUGGAACUCCAAAUUAAAGACACCAGACUCAAGACCUAAUAAAUGCUGCAAAACAAGGUUUGUGAGGACAAAGGCACUUAAAUUCCACAUAAAUCCAAAUGGACUACUGAAGAAAUUAAGGCCAUCCUAAGAUUUAGACUAAAGAGGUCUAUGAUUGAAUAGAAAGACAUAUCAGAAUUCUUAUUAAAAAAAGGUGAUCAAAGAUUCUUCUCCAUUUAAUCACGAUUUUAAAAGUAUCAUGAUUUUUCAAUCUAGAUUCCCAUUCAAUUUGAACGCCGAAUAAUCAUACCACAUAACCAUGUUUCUGUUAACUGAAGAAUCCCCUUUUGGUUAGAGCGCCUUGGAAAAAGACCUACCUUAAUCAGUACUCAAAUCCAGGAUAUCUCACCUAUUACCUUAAUAUGAACUAUUAACUAUUGAAGAAGAAGGAUAGUUAUUUUCUUGUAUCUCAAGAAAGAUUAUCAAUAAGUUGAAUUAAUUACAAGAUUCUGUCAAAUAGAUUAAGAGAAUUGAAAAGUAAGUUUACUGAUUAAUAAAAUAGGUCAACUAUUAAGGAUGGAUUUUGUCUACCAAAAUAAUUAUUAGAAGCAUUUACUUAUAUUUUAGAUAACUCACUCUCUGAGAAGGAAGCUGAAUACUUAUAUCAACUAAAUUUUGAAAUCACUAAAUCUCCUAUUCUGAUUAAUAUUUCGAGAAUUGUCUAACUAUUCUAAAUGAAGCCUAAAUCUGGAAUUAGCAAAAUCUGUAAGAUUAUACUUUAUAUAUUUAAAAGAAAAGGAAUUAUCGUUGUUUCCAUCCACUUUGUUAUUUUCCUACAAUAAAGAAGCGAUAGUGAAACCAAAAAGUAAAAAUUCAUUAUUACCUAAGGGCAAUCGAUGCUACUUAAUUAAAAUAUCUCCCCUAAACAAAGUGUUUAAGGAUAGCAAAGGAUAUUAAAAUUAAAUCAAGCUUUCUCAGCAGUUGAAGUAAUACCAGUAAUUAAGAAGAAACCUGUAUUAUCAAUUUAAUAAAUCCUAUCUAUCUAACUUGGUAAAUAAAAAAUUUAUAAAAUUAAUUCAACUUAAACUGAAGAAAUAGAACUUGGAAUUGAUAAAAAAAUGAAGAGUUUAGGAAUAGAAAAGAUUAUUGAGCUUAACUGGAUACAUAAGCUCGAAAAAGCUGAUGUUGGUGUUUGCAGUAGAAAGGAAGAAAUGGUUAUUAUAAAAUAGAUAGAUAUUUCAUAUCAUUUUAAAAAAGAAUAGAGUAAAUAAGAAAUAUAACCUAAUAUUGAAAAGGAAAAUCAUAAUCAAAUUAUGUAAAUAGAAAAAGUCGAUAAUAAACAAGAGGAAAAAGAAGUUAUAGAAACCAAACCACAAUUAAAUUAAGAUGAAGAAAUAAUUAUCAAUUAAAAUAAAUAAGAUAUUCAAAAUGAAUAAACUGGCAAAUCAGAACAAAAAUCUGAUUAGAAUCAUUAAUCAGAGCAAUUUAAAUAAUAAGAAUUAUAAGAACAAUAAUAAAAAUAAGAAUUAUUAGAAUAAUAAAAAUAAUAAGAAUUAUUAGAACAAUAAAGAUAAUAAGAGUUAUAAGAGCAAAAAAAAUAAUAAUUAUUAUAAGAACAAUAAAAAGAAUAAUAAUUAUUAAAAGAAUAAUAAGAAAAAUAAUAAUAGGAAUUAUAAUAGCAAUUGGAAUAACAAUAAAAAUAAUAAUUAUUGUAAGAAUAAUAAUAAUAAUAAUAAUAGCGAUAAUAAUAAUAAUAAUAAUAACAAGAAUAAGAAGAAAAAUAGGAAUAAUAAUUAAGUUCUAGUGAUUUUACUGAAAAUUAAAUUAUUGGAAAUAUGAUAACUCAUUAUUUGGAUUAAUUUAUUAAUAAUUUAGAAGAAGUAAAGAAUGAGUAAUAAUGA